AUGGAAUUAGCAAAAAGUGCAGAAAAGGCUUGGGCUAGAACUCCUCUUUGGAAGAUAGCAGAGCUCCUUCACAAGGCAGCUGCUAUCCUGAAAGAGCACAAGGCUCCAAAUGCUGAGUGCCUGGUGAAAGAAAUUGCAAAACUAGCUAAAGAUGCAUUCUCUGAGGUUGUGAGAUCUGGAGAUCUUAUUUCUUAUACAGCAGAAGAGGGAGUAAGAAUUCUUGGAGAGGGCAAGUUUUUGGUUUCUGAUAGUUUUCCUGGAAAUGAGAGGACAAAGUAUUGCCUCAAUUCUAAGUGUAUGGAUAUAAAAUGGCAUUUUGAUCCAAUUGGUCGGAUCUUGACUUAUGGCUAUUUUUCUAGGGACUACCCGGAGAGUUGCCCUAUUAUACUACCACGAGUAUUAGGUACUGUUAUUCUCGGUGCUGUUGCCGCAAAAUAUGCUGGUCUCAGUGAGGCCAUGAUGGCCCUGAAUGCGGCUGGGCUUGAAGUUGAUGGUAGAAUUGGACAACCCAUGGCAGACUUUACCUCAUUGCUCCUUCAAAGUUUUGGUGGUCUAUGUAUUAUAGAGAAGAAGUUGCGUAAACCGGCACUGCCUGGGUCUAGUCAUUUGGUUGAAGGUUUGAUUACAUUAAUAAACCACCUCUGCAUAGCCUUAAACUACAUGAAUUUGUUUUUCUACUCAGCACUGCCUUUACUAUCUGUGGUACUUCUACUUGUCAUAUGGCUGUAUCACAGAGCAAGCUGUUCAUUUCUGGGGUUUGAGAACCUUUUGGUCAGGUACAAGUUCAAAUUUCAAAUACCUUCAUACUUCUUUCUAGUCAUCCGCAGUCUUGCAGUGUUGGAAGGCAUCGCUAUCAGUUUUAACCCAGAUUACAAAGUUUUGGGUAGUACAUACCCAUGGAUUGCUAGAAAAGUUCUAACUGACAGCUCACCAAAGUUGAAGUCUUCUUUGCAAGCUCUUCUUUACAAGGAAGGUGUUUUCAGAAUCGAUCGUCUAGAAUCUCUACUUUCAGAGUCCCUUCGUGCCCGCACUGAAAGGGCCUUGGUUAAAAGGCAGACAGAAGAUGCUGUUUCCAAAGUGGCUAUCAAGGAGAUUCUUUCCUUCACAUUGACUGAGAAGGGUACCUUCGUGAGGGAAAUACUUCUUCAAGAAGUUGCCAAGGGUUUGGAUGCACUAGGUGUAGCAACACUUGAUUCUUUAACAUCUGUGGCUACCGCGAGCAUACCCUUUUCUACUCCCUUUUCAUCCUCUUCGAUGACUGAGGAAGACAUGGUGAACUUAAGAACGUUGAAGCGCCUCGUUCUACUGUUGUCAGGUUCCCAAAAGAAUGGUAGUUCUGCAGCGGAAGUUCAAGGGAGUAAGACAUACAAGGUCCAGAAUGUAUACUUGGAAGAAGCAUUACCUAUUUUUUAUCAACUUUCAUCAGUUCAAGAGAUUCUGCCCUUCCUUUCUGUUAUUCCUGAGCUCCCACUAGAACUGCAACAACAGUUACUUCUUAUGCCCGGUGAUCUGGCUGGAAGGUUAGUUUCUCGUGCCGCCGCUAGGACGGUCAGGAGGAUGUUUCUUUGAUGUCAAUUCUGUUUCGGGGGGAAAGCAUGAACGGGGUCUGCAUUUCGUAUUGAACCACAUGCAUAUUUGCCCUAGAACGAGAAGGGAAAGAGUUUGAAGGAUUGUGGAAUAGGGUCACAAGGAAUCACCAACAGCAUCAACAUGAUGGUUAAGGUUAAGAGCACUGUUAUCAACUUGCCGAGUCUUUCUUACACCAUGGGUUAGUAUUUAUUUGUCAGAGAAUCAAUAAUCAAAACAAGUAUUGUUUGUAGCUAAUUAAUUAGUAAGAUCUUCAAACAGAUUUGGUCUUUAGAAUUGUGUUGUCUAUCCUCUCCAUCAAUGAGUAUUAAGAAUAUAAUAAAUAA